AGAAGACUAUAGUUCAAAUACAAGUCACAAUGUAAUUGUGCUGUGUUUUCAAUAUGUAGAGUCCUCCUUUACCAUUUUUUUCACUACUGUGAUUGGGUGAGCGAUCUCUGCCGAUGAUCAGCGAACCAUCCAAGAUCCUCUCGUAAGAGACGAGCAACUCACGCCCAAACGUAAACAUGGUGAUAGAGGGCAGAUUUGUUCCUAUUUUUUUUUCUCACAGAGAAGUGUCCCUCUCCCUAAAAGGAAUAUGUGACUACUGCUGAUCCUUUUUUUGUGACUGGCAGUGAGUGUGCGGUGCACGGACGGCUUUGCAGAGUGGGUUCUCUUUGCAGGCAGCUCCUCUGUGCAGCCGUGAGAUGAGAGUGGAUGGGAGGGGAGGGCAGAGAGCAUCAGAGAGACUGGGCGAUUGGGAGGAGGGAUGCGAGCAAGGGUGGAAGAAGCACAUAGUGGUGAGGAGAGAGGCAUCAUUUCAUUGAUGCUGAGUCACAUAACGCGCGACCACAGCGACAUCCCAUGAGAGUUUGGGAAUAAUGGAGGAGUUGGAACACACUUGUCCCCAUCCUCGGACGAUGCUGACUGAGCCUGCUAUCUUUGUCAGGGAGACCAGCUGCGAUUGCCGCGCCCCUCAUGAAAAGCUCACCAUCGCUCAAGCCCGCAGAGGCACCCCGGUGGACCGUCCAGUGAGAGUCUACGCCGACGGCAUUUUCGACAUGUUUCACUCGGGCCAUGCCCGUGCUCUCAUGCAGGCUAAGAACCUUUUCCCCAACACGUACCUCAUCGUGGGAGUGUGCAGCGAUGAGCUGACCCAUAAGUACAAAGGCUUCACAGUCAUGACCGAGACGGAACGAUACGAAGCGCUCAGACAUUGCCGCUACGUCGAUGAGGUGCUCAGGGAUGCUCCCUGGACACUCACGCCUAAAUUUUUAGAGCAACACAAGAUCGAUUUUGUGGCUCAUGAUGAUAUUCCGUACUCCUCGGCAGGGACCGAGGAUGUCUACAAACACAUCAAGGAAGCAGGAAUGUUCGUGCCUACUCAACGCACCGAAGGGAUCUCCACAUCGGAUAUAAUCACCAGGAUUGUCCGUGACUACGACGUCUACGCCCGUCGCAACCUCCAACGUGGCUACACGGCCAAGGAGCUCAACGUCAGCUACAUUAACGAGAAAAAGUACCGGCUUCAAAACCAAGUGGACCGGAUGAAAGAGAAGGUUCGCAAUGUUGAGGAGAAAAGUAAACAUUUUGUCUACCGUGUGGAAGAGAAGAGUCAUGACCUCAUUCAGAAGUGGGAAGAAAAAUCCAGGGAGUUUAUCGGCAACUUCCUGGAAUUAUUUGGACCUGAUGGUACUUGGAAGCAAGUGUUUCAGGAGCGCAGUGGACGAAUGCUCUCCUACGCUCUGUCUCCCAGAGAGUCCCCCUGCAACAGCCCCACACGUGAACUUUCCCCCCUGCGCUCGCCGUCGCCGCCGUCUCCACCCGCCCGCUGGCACAACGCACGGCCCUCGCCUCCAACCUCCCCGAAAGGAGCUUCGGCCUCCAUCAGCAGCAUGAGCGAAGGCGACGAGGACGAGAAGUAGACAAACGGCGGACGCUCCAACGUGCAUUCAUAGAACACUGCCUGUGAACUUGUCACACGUGCGCCCACGUACGAUUCUCACACAAACACUAGCAAAAACACUUUACCUCAAGGAAAAUAGCAAAGCAUACCCAAGCUGUGGGAUUUCUGCGCAUGGGAAGUCCGUCGAAGCCAUCACCGGGGUGGAAGAUGACAGAAGAUCAAGACGAAUGGAAUUGCCGCUGUAAAUGUUCCCACAGCUUUGUCAAGCCUCCUCCUUGUUUUUGUUUCUCUUCUUGUGUGUGACAUGCAAGGCGUCCUCCGUGUCAACUGACUGCGCCUGCAAAAAUCCCAAGAAAACUGUUGAAUCGAAAGGGACACUGCAAGCUUGCACAAGACGCCAUUUUAGUUCAGUAAAAACACCACUCGAGGUGUCGAAAUUAAUUGAUGAAUCGGCAAAAAAACAUUACCAAAAUCAUCACAAUCGAGUAAUUGUUUAAAGACAUUCUUAUCUAAAUAUUGUCCAAAUCGACUCAUUUUAGGAUCUCAAGAGUAAUAAAUUUCUAUUUUCUC